UCAAAGCGAAAAAAUCUCUUUCAGUUUUUCAGAUUCCAUCUGCUGAUGAAGCGAACGAGUCUCCAUCUCCCUCGUCCUCCUUCUUCUCUCCCUUUCUCGUCUCGCGGUCGUCGGAACCCUAAUUGGGACGACCGGAACCAGCUCUUAAGUUACGUGAGGGAAAAUUGCAGAGCUGGUGGUGUGCUUACGAGUGUGGGUGAUGCCCUGUGUUGCUUCGUCAAGAUGAUGAAGGCGAACCCUCCACCUUCUUCCAAGGAUUUUAGUCUACUGUUGGGUGCCAUUGUGAGGAUGAAGCAGUACUCUACUGCCAUCGGGUUGAUUAAGCAGCUGCGCUCUUUGGGGAUUGAAGAUAAUCAUGUUUUGGUGACGAUUUCCCUCAAUUGCUAUUGCCGGUUGAGGCUGGUUGAUUUGGGUUUGUCUAUCUUGGGUAGGAUCUUGAAGCUUGGGUUUCACAUCGAUGUGGUGGCAUUGAGCACGCUAAUUGACGGUCUCUUUAUAAAGGGCAAAACUGAUCAAGCGUUGAGGUUGCUCGACGAUAUGCAACGAAAAGGCCCCAAACCUGAUGAGACCACGUAUGCUAUAACUGUGAAGGGGUUAUGCAGGGCAGGUAACACUAGACUGGCCUUUGAAUUGCUAAAGGACUGGGAAGAGAGGAGCUGCAGGAUCAAUUCCUUCACAUACGGCAUAAUACUCGAUAGUCUUUGCAAGAAGGGAUCGAUCACAGAGGCCUUGAGACUCCACGAAAGUAUGAGUAGGAAAGGCAUCCAACCAGGUGUUGUUAUUUAUAACUCCUUGAUCCACGGUCUGUGUAAUGUAGGCCAGAUAGAAGAAGCUCUCGUAUUGUUGAAACAGAUGACAAGCAGAGGGAUCCCACCCAACAUAAUCACUUAUAGCUCCUUGGUUCAUUGCUUAUGCAACCUAGGCCAUUGGAAAGACGCUACGGUCUUGUUGGAGAAGAUGAUGAAGGCAGGAAUUGAACCUGAUGUCGUUACUUAUACCUCCGUCAUUCAUGGAGUUUGCAAUUCUGGCCAAGUGACAGAGGGUCGAAGACUGCUGAACCAUAUGUUGCAAAGCAAAGUAAUGCCGAAUGUUCGAACCUUCACUAUUCUUGUGGAUGCAUAUUGUAAAGAGGGAAUGCUUGUGGAGGCAGGGGCCAUUGUCGACCAGAUGAUUCAAUUAGGUCAAAUGCCUAAUAGUUUCACUUAUAACAUGUUGAUGAAUGGCUAUUGUUUGCAAAAUAGAAUGAAGGAUGCUAUGGAAGUGCUUAAUUUGAUGGUUGAAAGAGGCUGCUCACCUGAUGUUGUUAGUUACUCCAUGUUGAUUAACGGAUACUGCAAAGCGAGAAGAGUUGACAAGUCAAAGAUGCUUUUCGGAGAAAUGUUGCAAAGGGGCUUGAUUCCUAACGUCAUCACAUACAGCACUCUCAUAAAUGGAUUUUGCCAGAUUGGGAACCUUCAAGCCGCGGAGGAGCUAAUCAACGAGAUGCGAUCUCGCGAUCUCCCUCUUAAUCAUUAUAUCUUGAGCGCUUUCGUGGAUGGCUUGUGUAAAGUGCAGCAGAUUGACAAGGCCAUUACAUUGCUUCGAAAGAUGGAAGAUUUCAAAUUCCUCCCAGACAUUGUGACUUACAAUAUUCUAAUAAACGGCAUGUGCAAUGCUGGAAAGCUCGACGAUGCUAAGGGGCUGUUCAAUAGUUUGAAUGCUCGAGGCUUGCAACCUAAUGUGUGGACGAAUAACAUUCUUAUGCACGGGUUGUGCAACAGAGGACGCACGGAGGAAGCAUGUCAGCUGCUAAAGGAUAUGGAAGGAAACGGAUGCCUUCCAGAUGGGGUCGCUUAUAACACCAUAAUCCAAGGACUACUAAGAAAUAACGUAAAUACUAGGGCAGCCCAACUUGUCAAUGAAAUGGUUGAAAGGGGUUUUUCUGCAAGUGUAGCGACGGCAGAGUUAUGGGUUAAACAUCUCGUGACAAAUGGAACUUCUUCCUUUUCUAGUUGAGCUCUCCAUUGUCUCUGAAAUAUGUCCACGUUUUCAUCUGAAAUGUGAGGAUGAGUAAACCAGAAGGAUGGCAAGUUUUCUUCCACACAUCAUCUCAUUGAGUCCCAUGUCCCGUUAAUGAAGUUGUCUCAAGUCUGGGAAUUUUGAUCUCUUGCUUCCGUGUAAGGCUUUUGGAGGUAUGGAAGGUGGAUUUAUUUCUAGCAUACCUAGGUUCUGUAAGAAGUCUCUGUUUUAAUUGGUAGCUGCACUCGCCGGUUAGUGCUUUUGGUUUCUGGUAUUUAUCAAUCAGGUGAGAUUCAUACAAAUGAUCAAGCGGUGUGAGGAUAUUCUUGAAUAACUAGAUGUUAAUAGCAUUAACUCUACCAUGUACUAAAGUCA